CAGGAUUUAUUUUUGGACUGCCAUGGCGUCUGUUCCUUCCAUUUGUAGGAAGGGGGGUCGAGUUGGGCUCAACAUGAACCUGCUGCUCUGACACUCCGGGCUGGGACAAGCAGGCAGCAGCCGGCCGGCCGCCCCCCGAACAGCAGUCGCACAGGGGAACCUGCCUGCAGCACUGCCUUGAACAUCUGCAACAAGUUUUUACCUGGGUGCUGAUGCGCUCAUGGCUGUCGCUUAUGGUACCGUCACCCAGCUGGGCCUGCUUUCCCAGCAGUACCCUCCCCCCCUGCUGCCCAAGCCUGGAAAAGACAACGUUCGGCUUCAGAAGCUCCUCAAAAGAACUGCCAAGAAAAAGGCCUCCGCUCAAGCAUCGCAGUCCGCUGCACCCUUCCGCUCCAGCCUUUCCCCUGUGAACGAAGCAAGUCCUGACCUUGAGCACAGUGACCACUCCACCCCUCCUAAGACUCCAGAGACACCGUUCAGCCUCUACAAUGUUCAGCAGCCUCCACGGUUCACCAUCAGGCCGCUGUAUCAACAUGUGGCGUCCCCUUACCCGCAGCGUGCAGCUUACGGCAAAGCAGCGACGUUCUCACCUCAGACAGUGGCGACACCAUCAUAUUCUUACUCACAGCACGUUACCAUAGUUUCUUCAUAUUCUGCAUCAACCCACCUUCCUGGAGUCUCAACAGCUCCAGGGCCAGUUGCCGAGCUGGAGGUGCCCAAAAUACCGCUGCCAGCCUCCUCUGUACCUGAGACAACAGCUCCAGCUGCUGAAGCUGCUUUUAGCACAUUUGCUGAAACUCAUGUUGACCUUAGACCUACUGCUGCUGCAGGAACCCUACAGACAAAAGGUCCAGGUCCAACUCCUUAUAUAGCAACUGGGGGUCAAGCUGUGAUUCGUCCUCUCACUGUGUUGACCACGCUCAAAUGCAAAAGUCCACGUCCAACAUUCAAAGCAACGGAACCUUCAAGAUCGCCCAAACCGAUGUUUGAUGUUCCUCAAAUUAGGAUGUACACGGCGACCACAUCGUACUACGAGUCAUCCAGGACCCCACCAGUGUAUGACACAGCUGGAUUAACUGCUAUUGGCAGCGCAGUACCUCAAAGUAAAGAUCUGACUUCAACAUCUGAGGUUAAAAGAGGUGCAACACCAACGGCUCUGCCUCCUUUACUGGGCACAGACCCCCAGAGGAAAACACCAACCCCAGAACCUAAAAGAGGCACUACACCAACAGCAGAGAUUAUUACAAGCAUAACUCCAACAGCUGAAAUCAAAAGAGCCACUCCAACGUCUGAAAUCAAAAGGGCUACCCCAACACCUGAAAUGAAAAGAGCUACCCCAACGCCUGAAAACAAAAGGGCUACCCCAACACCUGAAAUGAAAAGAGCUACCCCAACGCCUGAAAACAAAAGGGCUACCCCAACGUCUGAAAUCAAAAGGGCUACCCCAACGUCUGAAAUCAAAAGGGCUACCCCGACACCUGAAAUCAAGAGGGCUACCCCAACAUCUGAAAUCAAAAGGGCUACCCCGACACCUGAAAUCAAGAGGGCUACCCCAACAUCUGAAAUCAAAAGAGCUACCCCAACAUCUGAAUUCAAAAGAGCUACCCCAACAUCUGAAAGCCAAGUUACAACAACUUUUGAGUUUCAAACAUCAAGAACACCAACAGGACGACCUAAAACCCCGGCAUACUAUGUGACUCGGGCUGCAACACCUGUCUUUGAAGUCUCAAAACCCAAUCCUCUCUUGUUUGCUGUGUCACCAAUCACAGUAGAGCCAGAGAGGUCAAGAACACCUGAACCUGCUGAGACAAUACUGAAUGGGGACAUUCAUUUGGACAUGACACCUCCAGUUAAACCAAUCCAACAAACAAUUACAAAGUCAAAAUCAGAGCCUGAUCUGACAAGACAAACUGCUCCAGCAGGCUCUCAAAGACCUAAAAGUCCAAUGUCUGAGCUACAGACACCAACGGUGACUUCUUACGGCAAUCAGAGGCCCAAGACUCCAACAUAUGAGGCAUCCCGACUUAUGACCACAUCACCUGGUUAUAGAAGACCAAAGACACCUACAUAUGGGACAUCACCUUCCGGUGUAUCACCUGUAGCCUUUCAGAAACCUAAAACUCCAACCCAAGUGGCUCAAAAACCAAAGUCUGGCUACCGUGGAUUGACACCGGCUGAAUAUGCUGCUUACGGUGGAAUCAGAACUUACACUCCAGCAUUUGCUGUCUCCGGUUCUAAGCUGCAAACUGAGGUGGAGGUUAAAACUUCAAAAGAGGAACCAGCAGAACGUAAAACACCUAGCCAAGAACCAUCUGUGAAGGUACAAUCUAUGUCUGAGGUGUCUAAAGCCAAAGAGACCCCCAAAGAUGUAGAUAAACCCUACGUGAGAGAUGAGACUGGCACCACCCCCUUGAUCCCUGCUAUUAUUGUUUCACAGGCAUCUGACACCGCAGGAACAACACAAAAGACAAGUUCAGUGUCAAGUCAACUUGCAGCCAAACAAGAAAUAACAGUGAUUCAAGAAACACCAAAGGCUAAACCUCCAACAGCUGAGGAGAAAACUCCUGUGAAACUGAAGGUGGAAGCACAAAUUCAAGAAGCUGCCAAACCAACACCACCUUCUGAAGUCAAACACCCUCUGCCUAAAGGGGACGACCAGGAUCCUCUGAAGGCAGUGAGAAAACUUUUAGGCAAAGAUAAAGUGCAGAAAUCUGCAACUCAGACAAAAGCUGACAUCUCAGAUAAAAUAGAGCCAGCGAAACCUGUAGCUGCCGUCAAGACUAAGCUCGAAGACUUUAAGGCAGCUGAGCCAACAGGAAGUGAAGAUAAAGGACAAGAAAAGAAAGCAGAACCAGACUCAGCAGUUAAAUCUUUACCUGAAAAAAAGGAAGCUGAGGAAGCCCUCCCAGAAGCUGAGCCCCUUCUUAAAGUCAUACAAAAGCCAAAGGGAUUGAAAUCCAAAGUCAGCGGUUGGUCCCGACUCAAGAAGCACAUGGUGGUGGAGCAGGAGGAGCCCAAAUUUCCAGAGGUAGGCCCUCAGAAGGAGGCCACUGGGCAGGACCAGAGCGAGGCGAAAAAGGUUGACGAGAAGGCUGCUGACAAAACUGGCACUCAGGACGAGAACCAAACCAAAGACGCCCCCAUAGCAACAAAGAUGUGGGACGCCGUCCUCUUUCAAAUGUUUUCCUCUAAAGAGAACAUCAUGCACCAGAUCGAAUUAAACAAAAGCGAGGAGGAGAAGAAGAAGGACAAAGAGGGAAAGGACGAGUCGAAAGAGAUACCUUCAUUCGCUUUCCGGCUGCCUGUGCUGCUUUUUAGUCCAAGGUUUGAUGCUAAAAAGCUUAGAGAGGCGGCGUCGAGGCCCGUGACAAAAAUUUCAACUGUUUUUGAAAUGGGUCUGAUUGGGCGGAAAGGUAAAGACGAGGAACCAAAAGACUUUAAUAGAACAGCAAAGGGGUUCGCUGCUACUUAAGCUAAUAUAAUGAAGUGCCAGGAUGAAAAUGUGAAAAACAAACAAAAAAAAGUUCUGAUAUGUUUUAUGUACAGGUGCAGAAAUCUUUGAAGUCUUUGUGUUAAACAAAUGACGUUUGUGUUGUAGAAAAGUCGGCUCUGAACUUUAUACUUGACAAAUGCUUUGUGUUGCAUUCGUGUGACUGGUCGUCUGGAUGUUAAAUGUUUGUAUUUGUGGAUUAUCUGGAAAAAGAGAGAGAGCUACAUUUGUCUUAAAGUCAUUCAGACGUCACAUCAGAUUAAAGUGUUUUUGUUUUCAGUAAAUUUGAAGCUUCUCAUUUGUUCCUUUCAUCACACGUUCACAAUUAAACAUAGAUCAAGUUAGAGAUUUGAAAAUAUCUGGUUAUUGUACAGAAAAUUAUCUGUGAAACAGAGACUGAUCAUUGAUACGCAGUAGUUCAACCAAGAUUGAACUAUUAGUUAAAAAAAAGAAAAUCAACCAGUGAAUUAUUAAUAUUUUAUUUAUAAUAUCUGUAUUCAUAAUAGGCAAAAACAAGUUUAAAAUCUUUUAUAAAUUUAAUGAUUUUAAGACAAAUUAUUCCUGAAGGAGAAAAAUUCUGUUUUCUCUUCAAUGAUUAUUCAAAUAUCCAAUUUUUUUUCAAAAUGGUGCUACUUGCCUCAGGGUAAACACUUCGUAUGUAGAGUAUUACAUGAUUUUUGAAAGUUUUGUUAGACUAUAGGUAUUUGUUUUGUGAUUUAACUUUCUUCAAGUCACAAUGAAAUGACAUUUUAAAAACAAAUUAAUUUGACCUUCAGCUUGCUCAAUCAGGGUGAUAAUGCAGUGACGGAUCAAUUAAAAGAAUGCACCAAUCGGAUAUCAUUUAAACCGUUUUCUCAUACAAACUCUCAACAAUGUCUGCAGAAUCAGGUCGGACAUUAUCUGUAGUUUCCCUUUCACUCGUGUAGCACACAACACGAGACAUCUGGGUCAGAAGCAUUCUCACUAAUGGAAAUAAUCUGGUUUAGGUGAGGAAUGGCGUCUGGUUAGAGCGUGCAGGAGGCAGGACAUGACGCAGACUACACCGCAGUCACAUAGACAGUUCGUAAUUUGGUUAUAAACAACAAUCUCUUGCCAUUCCUUAAAUUUGUCUGACGAUUUCCACGACGGCCCUUUCUGACAGAAGUUUCCGAAUCUCGACAUCUCUCCAGUUAGACAUUUUCAAUGCCAUCUUAGUGGAAAUGACCAAACAACCCUUGUUCUCUACCUGCAGUUGUUUGUUUUCUUCUGGGUUUGCGUGAGCCACAUGAUAAAAACAUCAUCCAUAUGCCCCCUCUCUUGCUGUGAAUUCUCCAGACAAUAGACUGCCCCAGAAGUUAGCCCUAAAACCUGGAACUGAGUUAGCAUUUUAGCACUCCUGGUUCCCUCGUCUGAAAGUCAGUGGGUUUUUUAAUGUGUUUUUGGUUAGAUGUCUGAAAUAAGGUCUGUGGUGAACACAAGCUUAAGAGACUUUCACGUUUUGUUCUAGGACAUAAAAUAAGUCAGUAUGUACCCCAGUUGUUUAUUUUGAAGUUUGUCUUGAAAAAAUCAGUUGCUAAAUGAAACUACAGAACAUCAUCAUGCCGACUGUGGCUUUACAGCCUACUUGUGGUCGCGACUUUAAACCAUGCAACCAUAGCAUAGUUCGUUUAUAUUCGUUUAUGCAUUUUACUUUUGAUGAUUGCACUUUGGCUUCAUAAAUAAUAAAAGUAGUGUUUAGUUUUGCAGAGUAUCCUGAACAGAAUGUGUAAGUAUCAUAAAUGUGUGUUUGCCACAGAGCUUAUUUUCUGCAGUAAUCCAAAAUCCAGUGGAAAAAUUCCAUUGGCUUUUUGACGAGGGAACCAGGAUGAUGCUAAUUUCCGUUUUGGCCGACGGAGAAAAGUCGUCCCAGGAGCACUCUAAUGCCUGCCCUAUUCACAUGGGCUCAGUCAGAUAUUACACGGUCUUGUUCUCGUGAGAUGUGACAUUUGUGUUCUCACAUACAGCUCCUCUGGGUAAUGUCUAGGUAAUUUCAGGUUUGCAGUGCAUGUGUGAAAGGGGCUUUAGACACACACAAACAAGAGGUUUGACUAGAUGGAGAGGCAGGUUUACCUGGUGGUGGCAUGUAAUGUGUUAAAAUUACAGGCAUGGAAACAAGCAUGGAAAAAAUGUCAGUGGAAAGUCAAUUAGGAUCCUUUGUUGCGGUGGACACAUGAGUUCCCUGGACAUUGUCACGGAUGGCAUAAAGAGUGACAGGGGGUCUGGUAUUGAUCAGACAGGUCAAACAAACACAGGACUUUCACACAGGAGACCACUGUUUCUGUCCCUUGUGAUACCAAAACUCAAUGUUGGGUAUUUAAACAUUACGUACUUGCGUAUCUUUACCUAACUAUGUCACUUUACGGUCCGUACAUACUUGUUUUACUGAAACCUAGAUCUUUCCCUAACCCUAACCAAACUGCAACAGAUUCACAAUUUUAACAACGUGUUUAAACUGUGAACAUGAUUGACUUUGCAUUAGCGUUGUUUCUGUGGUGCUGGCACGUAAUUUUAACACAUUACAUGCCAUCAUGCAGUAAUGCAGUGAAGGUUGAGGUGAUGGAAGAGGCUGUGGUCAUUUCACAUAUUUUUUGUGAGAUCACAUUGAGGGAGGCUACAUGACAGGAGAAAUUUGAAUUUCAUUUAUUUUCAAAGAAGUAAAGAGCCAUCGCGAGAUGAAUAUAUAAAUGUACAGUAUCAAUCUCACUCAUCUUGAAGCUUUAUAAUGUUCUCAUAAAGAGAAAAAAACCUGCAAUCAGCAAACUUCCUAACGUCAAUUACACAUUUAUAAAAUACAGCAUGUUGCAUUGUGGGACUGUUAGCUGAAAGUAGUGUUACAUGGUGUGGACUGGAUGUUGAGGUCACCAACACAGUCAGGAUGGGAAUCAUCACCAUAAGAUAUUAUCAUGAUACUUAAGUCACGAUACAGUAUUAUUAGGAUUUUACAUAUGUUGCAAUUUAUUACCUUUUUUCAACUGUAAAUUAUGUCCCCAAAUCAAAACUUUUUUAGCAUCUGUUUUAUCUGGUAAGAUAAAGUUUCCAGUCUUUUUAUCUCAUUUCACUCAUUUUUUUGCAGCAGGAAAAAAAAAAACGUUUCUAGUGGACUUAAAAAGCAAUUGAUUAUAUUAUCCUACUGAGCUACCUAAAGUUCAAUCUGUACAUGUAUUACUGAUCAUUUAUAUAAUAAGAAAAUCAAUACUUGGCACUGUGUGAAGAUACGAUGUUUCCACACAAUCAAAGUUUUCCCCACCCCUGCCACACAGUGGAUAAAACUCACUCUCAGAAUUCCAAUAAAUCCAAAUAAAAGAAUAGUUAAAAAAUUAUAAAUAUAGUGCACGAGACAUUAAACCUGUGUAGACAGGUGACCCUAAUAUUUCUCCAAUUUAAAAAUAUUUCAGUGAACAAUUAUCCGCUGAGGGAAUGUUUGUUUUCAUUGUGACUUGAAGAGCUGACCGACUUAAACGCUUGAUUAAGUUCAGAAGAACAAAGAUGAGCAGCCUCCACUGUGAUGGAGGUCAGUGUGAUAGUGACCUGUGGGGUUAAAGGUCAAGAUUUUAGAGGACUGUGAAGUAGCGUGGGCUAUAACACAAACUAUUCUUCUAGUGUUAGGUCUUUUUCUAAUGUUCUUUCUAAUGUGUGUGCUGGACUUUGUUUUUUGUUUUUGACAGUUUCCUUCAUCUUGACUUCAUCUGUGUUUCCAAAGUUUCAACACUGAAGCAGCAGAUCAUUUCUGUUCAGUAAAGUUAUUUUUCUUGUUUGUAUGACCGCACCUACAGAGACACAAUACAUUCACUUGAGAAAUAAAAUAUUUGCCACGUGUAACUGAAUUAAUUAUUAUCUCAGAAAUAUGAGAGAAGAAGGAAAAAAAUCAGAUUUUUUUUCUAUUUUUUAAAAGGUUUUUCAUUUUCUUGUUUAUUUCCUGCUGAUUUAACAAAAGUAUUAUCUCUUAAAUUCAGAAAUCAAGAGCAGAUUUUUUUUCUAUCAAACCUUUAUUCAUAAUUUUGAGAUAAUGAUUUUAUUACUUCAGAUAAAUAGUAGGUGAUUUUUUCUUUUCUCAAGUGAAUGCAUUUUUCUUUUGAAUGCACCUAAAUGGGGUACUAUUACUAUCGUAUAAAUAUUGCCAUCAUUAAUGGUCUGUGUAAUGCUUAUGAGUUAAUUUUCCAUGUAAAAAUAAAAUAAAAAAAAUCCAUAAUUGGGAAGCAUGUCAGAUCAAUGAAAAAUUAAGACUUUGUUUGUUUGUUUGUUUCUCUGUUUUCCAUCUUUUGAGU